CCCUGUCAACAAAAAAUACAAGAUUUUCCACUUAAACAAACACUGAUUAAUACGUCUAAUACAAUUAUUCAGCGAAAAUGACAACAAUUUUAAAUGCAGAAAUCUCUCUUCCUAUUGAGAUUUUAGCAUGUGUUAUUAACGGAAGGAUAGAAGGCGAAGAAUCUGAGCAAAAGUGGAAGGCUUUUUGCCCACCCCCUCUCACUGAUUUGCAAAAUGUUGAACAUAAUAAAAUCAGUCUAAAUGAUCUCAAAUGUGAAGAUAUAACACUCACAACUACUUUGUCUUCAAAAUGCAUGAAGCUGACCUUCAGUCGUUUACACUUUUACACUGUAAAUGCUAAACACAAAUGUCAUAUUGGCAUUCACCAAAUUGAAACCUUGAAGCAGAAUUCAGAAACCAAUGAAAAUGCUGUAAAACCUCAUAAUAUUGCCGCGUGCAGUGCAAGUGUUGAUACUGAAACAAUUCAGGUGGAAGCUUUGAAGGAUGACGAAGUGCAGAAAGAAAAUGUUAAACGCAAAAGAGGCAGACCAAAAAAGGGAACGGAAACCACUGGCAGUAAAAGGCCGGAUGCUAUUGAAAGAAUAAAUUCCCAAACAAACUUCCAAAAUGGAUAUACACUGAGAGGAAGGAAAUUAAAUGAUAAAAUCAUGAAAGCAGAACAUGGCGUACAUGAUUCUGAUGAAAGUGAUACUGAACUUUACGCCACAGCUCAAAGUGAAAAUGAAUUAGACAAUGAUGACAAUUGGUCAGAGAGCACAAAGGAAAACUAUCUGUAUAAGAAGCUUAAGGCUGAAGAAGAGCUUCCGUAUAGAAGAAACAAAGAAGUAAUUUGUAAAUUAUGCAGCAAGAUGUUCUGUGAUAAAAAUGGUUUGUUUGUGCAUGUUAAACGUUUACAUUCAAAACACAAUGACUAUGAAGAAUACAUUAAUGACUUGGAACAACUGGUCUUCGUAAAAUGCUUUAAAUGUAAUUAUCUGUGUACAGACAAUAUCAAACUUAUGUUUCAUGAGUUGAAAGAACACUCAGAUGCAGAGUUUAGCUGUAAACUAUGUGAUGAAAACUUUGAAUCUGGUAGAGAAAUGCAGCAACAUUUAAAAGCUUUUCACAUGAGGGAUGAUGAGAGAAACUUUACAUGCGAACUUUGUUCAGCAAGAUUUAAGUCGAAAGGGUCACUUAAACAACAUUUGGACUCUGUGCAUAAAAUGAGCAGGGCAUUUAAAUGUAAGACUUGUGAAAAAUCUUUCUUCACAAACUCACAGUUAAACAGACAUCUGAAAAUUCAUGAGGUUGACAGAAAAAAAACGUACCAAUGUGAUACUUGUAAGAAAGAGUUUCUGCACAGAUACAAUCUUAAUCGGCAUAUAGAAACUGUGCAUGCAUCACAAUCUGAAAAAUGGCAUUGUUCCUACUGUGGUAAAGGUUUUGGAGCCAAACUUAGCAUGAUUUCACAUGUAAAAGUGGUGCAUUUUAACAUGUAUCCAUAUGAAUGCAGAGUUUGCAAAGAACAUUUUCUUAAGUAUACAUCACUUUUUGAUCAUUUAUCAACCGUCCAUGGACAAAACAUUGUCAACAUUAAGCAGCCAGCAAAGCACUCUAUCUACAACAGAUCAGAUGAUGAAAAACAUUAUUGUUCAUAUUGUAGUAAAGAAUUCUUGCACAAAAUAAGACUGAUUGAACAUAUGCACACAGACCACUCAGAAGCGUUUCCAUGCAAGUGUGAACCAUGCAACCAAGGCUUUCUUAAAAGAGUGUUCCUUGUAAAGCACUCACUUAAAGCUCAUGGCACAUUGCUCACCUAUGAUGACAAUCUUGAGAGCGCAGAUGAAACAUCUGAUAUUAUGAGAAUUAUUGGAACCAAGCAAACAGUUCCAAGUAGAGUUGACUCGACAACGUAUGAUGAUGGGACAUCUGCCAUUGACCAAGAUGCUAUCAAGAAUGAAGAUGAGGACAACACUCAAUACUUCAUAGCUGAAGCAGAGAGACCGGAUGAUGGGGCUGUUUUCAUUGUGGAUGACAAUGGUGAACCACAGCAUGAAGAAAAGGAAGCUGUAGGAAGUGAAGCUACAGCAGGAGAGUCCCAGGUGUUUGUUGAGGUUGCUAAUGGGGAUCAGACAUUCACGUAUAUGAUAGAGACAUCAGGACCACUGGAGGAGUCCUCUACACUCUCAGUCGCAGAGCAGCUUGCAAAUAUCCUCAUGGCGGCGGAACAAACAAUGCAGCAGGAAGACCAUCAAGAGGAAAACGAAAAUGUGAGUUAUGUUCUUCAGGAAACUGUGGAGGAACCAAUAGAUUCUUUAGUUCAAGUUAAUCAAGCACAACCAUGUGACAGAACAGGAAGUUUGUCUGAUUGUCAGUCUGAAAGUGCAGUGUUGAACCAGUCCACAGAACCUAAUUUAUAUCAAGUUAUAAGUACAGAGGGAAAUAUUCAGAUUGUGGAGGCUGUAGACAUUUCUGUUAAUUCAAAUACUUACAUGGUUCAGUAAAACGUUGUUUUAUAUCAACUUCGAUUACAUAAAUUAGACUUAGCCAGAAAGUGUUUAGAUAAAGAACCAACAUUUACAAUACAGUGACUUCAAAGCUUUUGGAAAUCAGUGAACUAUUACUUUCUAUCAUGUAUGUUGGUAUGAGAAUAGUGUUUAUUGACUGCAAAAUUAUUGAAUAUCAAUAAUAUAUUCUAUGAAAUUUGUUUACUAUUGAUGUUUUGUGUGAAAACGUGGGUAGGUUAAACAUGUUCAGUAUUCAUAAAGGUAAAC